GACAGAGAUGCGCAGAGCUGCGGGGAGGGGAGAACGGGUGGAAAACAUCGGUCUCCCGAGAGCUCCACAAGCCGAUAGUGGGAACCCAGCUCCACCAACAUGUUAUAUUUCAACCCAUUUUCUAAAGUGCAGCAUUAUGUUAAAUGCACUGGGUUUUACCCUAUUACAUUUAAAUUUCAUGGUUAAACAGUACAUGUUAAAAUCUAAGCUCAGCUCGGCAGUGACCUAAAAUACAUAAAUAUAAUUUUACUUACCGAAAAAAAUGAAGUGGAGACUCCUUGGACGCUCUAUUAGUGCAAUUAAUGCCACAGCAAGUCAUUUUGUCCAACAAUUGCACAAAAAUAUCCAAACAAGAAUACACACACACAGAGACUCAAAAUCCCGGAACAGUUUCCAGGCCAGACCGAGGCUCUACUGAGGCCUUUCCACGGAGCUAGCUCUGUGGUCACGUGGGUCUGAUGCUCAUUAAUUAUACAGAAUUUUAGGCUUUUAAUACACUUAAACAGAAGAGUGAGAAAACAAUUCACCCCCCUCAGAGUUGUCAUGAGUGUAAACUAGAUCAUUUAAACCAAAAACAUGUUUUGGUACCAGGCUGUAAACAUGUUUAUUUCUGCUGUGAAAUUGAUAUUUUUAACAUGGGAGUCAAUGAGGAUUUGCUCGCUUCUGACACCAGCCCCUAGUGGAUGAGGGUGGAACUGCAAUUUAUUUCAUUUCCGGGUUUGCCUCAAUUUUAGAGCCGCGUUGUGGGGGCUUGGUUUGUGACGAUGUCACAACUCGGCCGCCGGACUCCGAUGAUGUGCAGACUCUCACCAGUAGAGCUGCACGAGCUUUCACUCACAGAUCAGUAGAAUAUCACCUCAACUUCUGCAGCCGCCGCGUGGAUAAUCAACCUGUCUGCCUUUUACGUUCCACGGGAGGUAAAUGACGUUCCCCUGGGCCAAAUCAGUCGGUAGUGCAGAGCAACGUCCAGCUGAACGUUCGAAGCCUCAUCAGUGACAGAACAGAGCCAUCUCUAACAAAAUGGUUGGGUUACGUCCACAAAGGUCCAAAUAAUGUCCUCCAGUAAACUAGUUUGUCCACAUCAGGUCUUGUGUCCACAAUCCAACAAAUCAAACUAACGAAAUCCUUCCAAAUCCCUUCAAAUGCAUCUAUCCUACAAGGUUUUCGCCGUAUUCUCUGUUAGCAUCCUGAAAUUAGCUUAAGCUAAUCCAGGAGGUUACAGGAUUAGGGUUAACCCUAACCACCCACCCACACACACACACACACACACACACACCUGCUCAGGUAAAUAAUGGUGGAUAGGUCAGAAGUGCCUCCUCCUGUUCUGGCGUGUCUGGCUGGAACCAAUCACGGCACGGUAUGAUGUUGAUUUUUAGAAAACGGCUAAAUCGCACGUUACCACUGAUGUCUGCUGGCAGUCUGAGUAAGAGAAGGAUUACGAUUGGUGGAUUGCGACCUACCAGGAACCUGCGAUGUUAGAAGAGAAGAGUCCGACAUCAAAGCGGCGUGACGACGGCGGCGCUCAAACGUAACGUCGCGCAGCUCCGCCCACCGGUACGGUUUAGUCGCCAGCUGGUGUCUCUGGAAGACUCCGGCUCCGAACUCAACCGGGAGCAGGUGUGGUAACUAACUUCAGCCUCUGAGUAAUCAGAUUACUGACCUUGGAGACGGAUUUCGGUGUGUUUAUUAGACCAAACGGUAAAAGUCUGGCGUUGGUUCUUCUGGGUCGGGUUCAAGCUGGUCAGGUGUCGGGUCAGGCUGCAUGUGAGUCGCGUUAAUCCCAGAUUAAUCCUGAUUAUCCGGCUAUUUGUUCCCUUUGAUCCCUGCAGCUUUGGGCUGUUGUCGGCCUGGAGCUUCAGACAGUUUUAGAUCUGAGCUGUUGGGGAAGUUUUUUAUUAUUAUUAUUAUUAUUAUCAUUAUUAUUAUUAUUAUUAUUAUAGGGAAUUAUGCUAAUCCAACCUACAUUAAUGAAUAUUCCCAUAACUUCCUUUCUACAGUCUGGGUCGGAAAACCACGAUAAGGCACGUUUUAGCAGGACUGUGGUCGGCUUCCUGCCGCCACUUCCGGUGUUUUAUUCCCACUGAUGGUAUCGGAGCAGCCGGCCGUGUGUUUGUCUGGGAUCUGGGAUUGGGAUUGUCUGGAAUGGAGGGAUUUCUGAGAGCGUUUCUGUCGUCUGCAGCUGGUCAGGAGGCUGAUGAUGCGGUGUGAAGAUGGAGGCUCCUGAGUACCUGGACCUGGAUGAGAUCGACUUCUCUGAUGAUCCAGUGUAUUCCGUCUCGUCUCUGAAGAGCAUCCCAGAGCUGUCCAGAAGGAGCGAUGGUCCGGCCGAGGAGAGACCCGCUCCGGCCAUCACCUGGAGCCGCGGCGUCUCCUCCCACAGCGGCGGAGGACUCGCUGAGGUCCAUAGUAAGUUCCGACCGGUGAAGAGGGUGUCCCCCCUCAAGCACCAGCCGGAGACCACAGACUCGGACUUGGACAGGAAGGUCCAGAACCAGGGGCUGGUUCUGGGGGAGCAGAGCGAGGUCGGGAAGGAUGACCCCGUCUCUGACAAGCAGACGUACGCGUCCUCGUCCUCCGACGGCUCCAGAGGGAAGGGGAAGGGCGGUGGCGUGGGCCCGCAGGUUCUGUUCGGGGAGCUGGAACACUACGAUCUGGACAUGGACGAGAUCCUGGAUGUGCCUUAUAUCAAGUCCAGUCAGCAGAUGUCCACGCUGCCCCGCGUCCCCCACGACAAGCGCUCGGUGGGCGGGGGAACCCUGGAGCGGAACCGGAGCGGCGGGCCCACGGGCUCGGCUCUGCUCCACAAGGAACCUCUGAGUCUGAGCAGCAGCUCACAGGCGCCAUACUGUGUUCUGUCUCCGGUCAAGUGGUCGGAUCUGAGGAAGUCCAAGUCCAUGGAUCCGGACCUCCAUCACCUGCAUCGCUCCCCCGGUGGAGGAGGCUUCCAACCGGAGCCGAGCUCCUCGGGUCUCCUCAGCUGCUCCUCAUCCCUCUCCUCCUUCACCGACGCAGACAAGCUGCUGUCCGCUCGGGUUUUCCCGGACUCCCAGAGCCAGAGACCAGCAGCGGAACCUCCCGGUGGGCUGAUGUUCCCUCUGCCAGGCUGCAGCUCAGCCAGGCAGGACGGCUCCAAGACCCGGACCCCCGCAGCAGGAGGGUCCAGGGGGGAGGUGGACGAGGAGACCAAGAAGAGCCAGAACAUCAUCAACAUCGUCAGGGAGGGGCAGAUCUCCCUGCUGCCUCACCUGGCGGCGGACAACCUGGAGCUGAUCAGAGACGAGGACAGGAACAACCUGCUGCACAUCGCCGCCUCUCAGGGUCACACCGACUGUCUGCAGCACCUCACCUCUCUGAUGGGGGAGGACGGUCUGAACGAGCGCAACAACCAGCAGCUCACCCCCGCUGGCCUGGGGGUGAAGAAUGGACAUCUGGAGUGUGUGAGGUGGAUGGUGAGUGAGACGGAGGCCAUAGCGGAGCUGAGCUGCACCAGAGAACAUCCCAGCUUGAUCCACUACGCGGCGCGCUACGGACAGGAGAAAGUCCUGCUUUGGCUGCUCCAGUUCAUGCAGGAACAGGGAAUUUCUUUGGAUGAAGUCGACCAGAACGGGAACACAGCCGUCCACGUGGCAGCUCAGUACGGACACCUCACCUGUAUCCAGACGCUGGUGGAGUACGGGUCGAACGUGACGGUCCAGAACCAGCAGGGGGAGCGGCCUUCCCAGAGCGCCGAGCGGCAGGGCCACACCACCUGCACUCGUUACCUGGUGGUCGUAGAAACCUGCAUGUCUCUGGCCUCACAGGUGGUCAAGCUCACCAAACAGCUCAACGAGCAGGCGGCCGACAGGAUCAACCUGCAGAAACAGCUGCAGAGACUGAUGGACCCCAACAAGACCGAGGGGACGCCAUCCAGAUCACCCAGUUCCCAUCAGCCCUCGGUGGAGGCGUGGUCAGAGAUGAUGCUGACGGCGGAGGGGACUCCCGGAGACGGUCACUGGUUGGUCCGUCAGGGAGGGGUGGGGCCCGACUCUGUGCUACGUCAGCUCCUGGGGAAGGACGCGUCUGAGAUGCUCUGUCCCAGAGAGAGGCCACCCCCUGGGGCCGGCCUGAGCAGGGAGGGCCUCGGGGCCCCUGGGGGCCACAGAACCGGAAUGCUAGAGCGGAGGGAGCUCAAGCUCGCCAGACUCAAACAGAUCAUGCAGCGCUCUCUGAGUGAGUCCGAUUCAGACGGUUAUCCUCCAGAGGAGGGGAAGAGCCAGGGAGCUCCGCCCCCAAACACCCUAAGACCUGACAGGCCGUCCCAUCUGCCAGUCACAGAGGAGGGGCCGUUGUCAAACCACCUUCAUCUGGUGAUGAGGAAGCACCUCCCCACCUCGUCCUCCUCAGCUGAGAGGAAGCUGGCCUUUUCUCUCAGCGGGUCCAAGUCGGUGGACAGCAUUGGCUACAACGCCUCCCCCACUUCCAGCGACCCCGAGGUUGGCGAUAAAACUCCAGAGACUCCCGGCGACGGUCAGAAGGGCGCAACAAGCCCUAAGAGUGCCCUGAAGUCCCCCUCGUCCCGCAGGAAACUGAGGGUCACCUUCGACGAGCAGAUCCACCAGAGCUCCAAUCAGGAAGCAGAACCUAGCAAAGCGCCUACGGGCAAGGACAGGACUCCAGCCGGCAACUCUGAGAGCAGGCGGCCGUUCGGGACGUUCCGCUCCAUCAUGGAGUCGCUGAGCGGAAACUCGAACCACAACAGCAGCAGCUCAGCGGCUUCUGCUGUCAAACCGCCCACCUGUCAGAACUCACCGGGCAGGAAGUGUGAGGGCAAGCCCAGCCCAGGGGGCGGAGCCAAGGGCAAGAGCAAAGGCAGCAACGUUUAACCAGCCAGUGCCUACGGGACGGGGAGAACCAGAACCUCCUAAAACCCGUUCUGGGUUCACGUCUUUAACGUUUUUAGUUUCUUUUUUCUGUUACAGAUUUUUUUUAUUUUCCAUCCAGAUAAAACCUGAAUUUUCUCCAAAUGGCGACUCGUUCAUAUUCACAUUUUACCUGUCUGGAUUCAGAACAUCUGUGGAACAUCUGUCCGGAUCUAAUUUAUGUUUCUGAUAUUUAUGUUUUUGUGUUUCUGCACGCGUCGGCCCGGCCGAGGCGCUCUGCCCCGGCACAUCUGCUUAAACUCUUCUGUGCACGUCCGUCUGCUUCUGUAUUCCAGCUGUUGUUACCUAUGCAGCGUUUUGGAAUGACGUAGUUCUUACAGAUGUUUUUCAGACGGGAAGGCUUAAAGAAGCACCUUCUACUGCCGCGUGAAGCUGGAAGUCAGCGGAGAAAACCAGGAAAACUCUGCAUUCCCGGGAUUUUCUGCAGCUUUUGUGAGAUUGGGAACAAUUUUUAGAAUGAAGUGAGAAACCAGAGGAUGGAGACAGAAAUUUGAUAAAAGGGUUCAAAUCUUUAGUUUUACAAUAGAAACAAAAAUAUUUUCAAAGCUGGUUGUUGUUUUUUGUUGUUGUUGUUGUCUGUUAACAAGAUUUUUCUGUUUUUAUUUAAAUAUUUACAUUUAAACGUGAGGCGGAAGGUUGGUAAAAGUGAUCCUUCUGUCAUUUUGGACGUUGACCUUACCCACAACGAGCCACACCUUCAGAGCCGUCCUGCGGCCUAGCGGGGACUUCUUCGGCCCAAUCCCAACACUCACACUUCCACACGUGCGCCCUUGAAUUGCGCGAUCCUGGCCGGGGUACGAGUGCCUAGGGGGCGUCCCGAUUCUCAAGUGCGGAGGUUGACCACACCCCUUUUGCACCCUUGAUCCGCACUUCACCCAAGUCCUCAUCAACGCGGACUUGGGUGAAGUGUAUUACCCACAAUCCAAGCAGCAAUGAAUGUACAUUUAUUUUGAAUAAUUGUUUUUUUAAUUUCUUAAGGUUUUUAGAAAAGCAGCACAGCGACCAAUCCAAUUCAGUUCAAUUCAAGUUUAUUUCUAAAGCGCCAAAUCACGACAAGAGUCGUCUCAAGGACCUUCACACAGCAAACACUCCCAACACAGGUCAGGUCAUUAAGCCAAUCGUUAAGAAGUUUCCUAUAUAAGGAGCCCGGCAGGUUGCAUCAAGUCACUGACUAGUGUCAGAGUCUUUACUGCAGUCCUCAUACUAAGCAAGCAUGCAGCGACAGUGGAGAGGAAAACUCCCUUUUAACAGGAAGAAACCUCCAGCAGCGUCCCAAUUCGGCAAUUCUCUGCACACCUGUGAACCGCACACUCGAAUCCUUUCUGUGCACUUCCUCCAAGUGCACUUCACAGAAGUCCGUAGGGCGAAGUGCGACUGCUGGGAUUGAGCCCGACUGUUUCUAGAGACUCCGCCCACCUGGAGUGAUGUCACCAGAGGCUGUGGUCCUUAUUGUAGGUAAACAACUGAUAAAACGAAUCUUCAAAAUGUCCGGAUGGAUUCCAGUUGUUGAUGUCUGGAACUCCCUAAACCCGCCCAUACAGGUAUGAUCAAAGAUUUGUUGCUGAAUAGUCAAAUCAAACUGACGCCAUUCAACACAUCAUGGUGUUUCCUGUUGGACCAAGUGGGUGUUUUAGUUUCUGAUGUCACUUCCUGGAGGUUUAGGAUCAGUUUGGUCGUUGAACCAGAGUCAGACAAACUCCUCACCCGGAGGAUUUCUUCAUCGGGGCAUAUCCGUGAAUGCUGACAGAAACCGAUCUGAGCUCAGAUUUUAAUAACCAGCGUGUACAGACACAAACACUUUUUAUUAUUUAAACGUCACAAAGGAUGGAAUAAAUCUUUCUGGAAUUUUAA